AUGUCGUACAUUGCCAACCUAGGAGGCUUGGAUGGAAGCGCAAGGGAUAAUGCCGAUAGUGAUGAGGCUGACAAGCUUACAAGUGGUGGUGACAACAGUUCCACUGCUCAGCUUGUGCAGUUCUCGACUGAUGGAGCAUCCGCUAUACAAGAUCAGGUCUCUUUGACGACAGCACCAACUCUCCUGGAGACGCUGUCUACUUCUGUACCCACGAUUCUCAGCUCUACUGGGAUUACUACAGAGAGUCUGCAGCAAAUAACCAAUACAGAGAUUAAAAAUUUGCAACUGGUUUCAUUUAAUCAAUGGGGGUUCACUGGUUCUCAAUCAGUAUGGCAAGCACCAGAAACUGUUACAACAAUUACUUCACAAGGAUCUAUAACCACCACCAACGCAGGCACCCACUCAAGUCUGCUUUCAACUGUAUCUCUGCUGCAAUCGCUGAAUAGUACCUCGAAUGGAAGAAAAUUGACUGUUUUCGCCGAAAAGAAAAACCUGUCAUGGAAAAAUAUUGUCCUUGUGUUUGUCUUGGGUAUCGGUUUAAUAAACUUGAUAUAG